GUGAGCGGCAGAGGAUCUGGAGAUAGAGGUGAGUUUGGGACUUCAUGGCUUCCACACUGGUACUCCUGCUUCCGAUGCUCCUGGCCUCGCUGGCCUCUGCGUCACAUCACUUUGGGGGAAGCGCAACCUACACCUACAAAGGAAGAAACCCUGAUGGGACAUUUAAAGUGGACUUUCGCAACCGGGCAACCUAUGAUGGGUGUCAGUACUCCCAUGACUGGUAUUGUUACAACGGCAACUGUGGCAGGAACCCCAGCAAUCAAGUAGGCGUACUUGACAGGAGCACCAAUGCACCCCAAUAUAACAGGGAAUGGUGUGAAACUGAAACAGUCAGUACGAGAAAUGUCCCAACUGACAGACCUUUUCAAAUGAGGGCAGACAGCUGUUGUUGGAUCGCAAAUCGUAAUGGGCUUUCUAAUUGGAGACUACUGACUUCAGUGGAUUUGGGAUCAAGAUCUGACACCGGAGAACCCAACCACUCACCUGACAUUGCCAUUCUACCUUUCCUACGAGUUCCCCAGAACUGCCCACGGACAUACAAGCUGAUGUCCUUUGACCCUGAUGGCGACAGAGUUCGAUGCAGAUAUGGAAGUGUCAGUGAUGGAGAGUGCAGCACGUGUAACCAACCCUCAGGCUUUAUCUUAGAUGAGGGCUCUUGCUCAUUACACUACCUCAACUCCAACGCCAACCCCAGCCCUUAUGGAUUUGAGUUGGUGGUGGAGGACUUCCCGCAAAGGCACAUUACUCUGGCCUACACUGAUGGGGGCAGAGACUCCAGGGCUCCACUGACAGCGAGGAGAAAGAGACAGGUCACAUAUCCAGCAGCAUAUACCAGCGUAUCCCCAUGGGGGUCUUGGGGGCAAACUACAGCUGAACCCACAACUGCAAUACCAACCACAAUCCCAUGGUGGAACUGGUUUAGUACUACAACCCAACCCACAACUGCAGCACAAACCACAACUGCAGCACCAACCACAACCCCAUGGUGGGGCUGGUGGUAUACUACAGCCCAACCCACAACUGCAGCACCAACCACAACUGCAGCACCAACCACAACUGCAGCACCAACCACAACCCCAUGGUGGGGCUGGUGGUAUACUACAGCCCAACCCACAACUACAGUCCCACCCACAACUGCAGCACCAACCACAACCCCAUGGUGGAGCUGGUGGUAUACUACAACUACAGCCCAACCCACAACUACAGCUGAACCCACAACUGCAGCACCAACCACAACUGCAGCACCAACCACAACCCCAUGGUGGGGCUGGUGGUAUACUACAGCCCAACCCACAACUGCAGCACCAACCACAACCCCAUGGUGGGGCUGGUGGUAUACUACAGCCCAACCCACAACUACAGCACCAACCACAACCCCAUGGUGGGGCUGGUGGUAUCCUACAACCCAAUCCCCAACUACAGUCCCACCCACAACCUCAUGGGGCUGGUGGUAUACUACAACCCAAUCCCCAACUACAACCCCACCCACAACUCCAUGGUGGUAUACUACAAUCCCAUGGUGGUUUUCUACAACUGCACCACCUGCAACUACUACAGUCUACACGUACACAACGUACCCUAGCACCACAAGAAACCUGCACGCCACCACUUCUCCUCUCAGUAAACUACCUUUGCAAUUCUCCUUACUUGUGGACCCACCUGCUCCCUCAUGUCAGGUGGGACACUACUUGCCUCAGUUUGUGCACCCUACACCUGGAAAUGGAGCACGCAUCCAAGCAGAGAUCAGCAAAGAAGUGGAGAUCAGAGUCAAAGCACAAGCUGCAUACGCAACAAUACAAGAUAUCAUCAUCACUGGGCCACUGAAUAUCAGCAAGCACAGGACCUCAUAUGACGAGUUUGCCAUUAAGUGGUCGCCUAACCUGGAUGACCUGGGACACCAUUACCCAAUCUGCUUUGCUGUUGAAUCAGUGACCGGAUCUGCUGGAACCCCUCUUCCAGGCACAACCCUCAGUUACCAUUACCACCCCUCCCCAUCCUCACAGUCUGGGGUCUAUCAGUCCGAGAUGAGGUGUGUUCUGGUUGACGUCCGGAAGGAGCAAGUUAAAUCCCAUGUGAGCUGCGGCGAGUCCACAAUGACGGUAGAGGUUGAGAAAUCUUCGUUCCGUGGACUCAGUGAGGAACAUUUGCGGCUCAGUGACCCCAGCAACACCGCCUGCAGCCUCCAGAGCUACUCCAACAGCACUCACAUCAUCGCCGUCGUCCCCCUCAACGCUUGCGGCACUCAGAUUGAGGAAGAUGAGGAAAACCUGAUCUUCAAGAAUGAAAUCACCACGGUCGACAGCACAGAGUACCUGAUCACCAGGAAGAACCAGCUGGAGGUGCAGUUCUACUGCCAGUACCCCAAAAGUGGGAAUGUGACACUGGGCUUCACGGCGCACAGGAGGAACGUCACAGUGUGGGAGAAAGGCUUCGGCACGUUCACCUACCAGUUUGAGUUCUAUCCCAACGCCCAAUUCCAAACCCAGAUCGAUCCAAAUGAUUACCCUCUGGAGUACGACAUAGGGAGCCGGAUUUACAUGCAGAUAGAGGCCACCACCUCCGUCGAAAACACUGAGCUGUUUGUGGAGUCCUGCAGAGCGGCACCAUAUGACAACCCAAACUACUGGCCAACCUACCCCAUCAUUGACAACGGGUGUAAUGUGGACCCGACUGUUGAAAUCCAUUCCCCUGCCCACCAGAGACAAUUCCAGUUCAGCAUGGAGGCCUUCAAGUUCAUCGGCUUGCACGACCAGGUGUACAUCAGCUGUUCAGUGCUGAUAUGUGCGGCAGGGAGCCCCGGCACCAGCUGCUCACGGGGAUGCCUCAACUCCACAUCAGCCGGUCACCAACAUCACCGCCGAAGGAGAGAGGCUGCCACUCAGACUGCGAGCCACUUCAUUUCCCAGGGUCCUCUGCGCCUAAGGAGAGCCGCAGAAAGCUCCGAGAGCCCAGUGAUCAACCUGAAUCUGAACCUGGUUUUCAUCGCUGGAUGUCUCCUUGCAGCCGUUGGCAUGAUCAGUGCCGUGGUCAUCUACAAAGCCAAAAUAUCAAGGGUCAAAUACCAACCUUUGCCCGCAUUUGAAAGUUAAGACAGAAUACCAGUUAGCAAUGUAUUAAUCACAUUUGACUAUACAUAAAGCUAUUUUGAUUUGCUAUGCUAUCAAAUCUUGAGGAUUCAUGUAUCUAAUUAUUCACCCAUUUAACCCUUGUGUUGUCAACCAUGCAACUUUUAGUUUUUUCUGUGUCACAAUUUUAAAUGAAAACCUUUUUUUCAACCUUUUUGUUGUUAUUUUUCGACACUUGUCACUUAUCACAAUGGUUUUGUCGAAUUUUUUUUCCAGGUUUUUUCGUCACUAUUUGACGUUUUUGUCGAUUUUCUUCAAAAAAAAAUUUGUCGGUUUUUUUUUUUUCAGUUUUUUGUCACUAUUUACGACGUUUUUGUCAUUCUUUUUUUUUUCAAAUGCUAUCAAAUUAAAUAAAACACCCAAAUUCAGUAAAAGUAGUGAACUGAUCAUUUAUUUUACCUGUGAAAAGUAAUGGUUGUAUGGAACCAUCCACAUUGGUUUCUUUGACAAUUGGUGACAAGAAAUCCAAAUUUCUGAUAUGGAAACUUUUUAAAAAUGGGUCAAAUUUGACCCGAGGACAACAGGAGGGUUAAAUGAAUAACGUUUAUAUUGACACCUUUUUCGAAAUGUCUACAGCUAUGUACGAGGAAAUUCUUCAGCUAGGAAAAAUCUGUGGGAAAUGGAAUCUAGAAAGGUUUUUAAUUAAAGUUUUAUAAUAAUCAACAUUGAAAAGAUCACUGCUGCUGCUGCUGGUCUCUUGUGGUGUUUUCCGUGACUCUGUAUGACCGUGGGAGCCCAUGUAGCUUUACAAAUGCUUCCUCUGUUAUGUAUUAUGAUUGUAAACAAGUAUCUUGAUUGAUUUAUGGACUUUUAUCCAACCAUUAUCAUUCCAGUAGUCAAAUGUCAUCAUUACAUGACAAAAGCUCUCGACAGUUAUCAGUCAGUUAUCAUGCACUUGCUUAAUGCAUCAAUAAAAACAUAUAUUCUUAUACAUAUA